AUGAUUCUAUUUUUCCAGAACGAUGAAGACGACUGCCAGAGGCUUUACUCAAUCAUCGGCUCCUGUCUGUUUUAUAAGGGAUAUCUUCUAGCCUCUCAUUUCAAUAGAGAAGACCUAGUGGAUGUGAAUGCUUGGUGUCGUCACAACGGACUUUUGUUACUUUCGCGAUCGGAAAGUGUUCGUAACCUUGUUAUGUGGAGAGAAGUUUUCCCGGCUUCAUGCAACAGAGGGCAGCCGGCUGUCACCCUCACGUACUUCCUGCCACAGGGUCGCUGGUUCCUGCUGGUGGUUGGUCAGGAAGACUGUCUGUUAGCCUUACUGUUGGAAUCUGGAGGCUGCACGGUAAAGAUUGAAGGAAAUCCCGGGCCAGAGCCGGUAUAUGUUAAACAAGCUCAGGCAACUUUACAUCAUGUUCGAGAGAUCCAAGUUUUAUCCCUGGCUGACAAAUGGAUCCAAAAUCACUGCCGGCUUCCAACCAUGUGUCCAGAUUCACAAACCAAACCCUCACUCAACACUUCUGGUGAAAAUUCAACAAAUACUACUGCAGAGUUCUCACCAAAAUCUACACCAAGUCCAAGCACCUCUAAAAAACCACAAGAAGUGACUUCCAUCCUGAAGCACAGAAUUAGUCCAGAUGAUAGCCUUAGUACAGGUCGUGACAUGUACGAGACAUCAGAAGACUCGACAAGUCAGGCCGCGUCAAGUGUCGUAAGUGACGAAGCUGCUCCAAUACUUGGACGAAGGGCCGAGAGAGAACGAGCCACCGAUUCCAUCCUCUCCGACUCUGACUUCUCCGACGACCUUGACGAAUGCACGUCGCUAAACAGUGGAGCUGGGAGUAGAUUAUUCGAUCUCUCGGAAAUUGGAAGGAAUCUACUGUCUGAUGUUGAAUAUUCCUUACCCAUGAGAUUGACCGCUGGAGAUCAGAACCCAUUGUUCUGCUACGUACACCUGGACUGCGCUGAGGGGGUGAUUCUCAGCAACCCUACGCUCACAGCGUCUGGGCAACUGAGGCACAUUCUUCACAACUUCCGCACCCUGGCUCCCCUUAUACACGAGCUGCUACAGAAUACUGUGCGGUUUAAGGUGAAUAUCGUAACUUUUUGGAAAAUUAACGAUUGGGGUUAA